AUGCGCGUAACACCGACUGUGCUGCAGGUUGCCGCCUGCCUUUCCUCACUCGCACCACUAGCCUCGGCGUGGCCAGGGUGGCUUCCAGACAGGGACAGCUUGGUUGCUCGCCAGAACGACGACGAAGACUCCACGUCGGCCGCCGAGACUGGUGCACGAUCAACAGCCACAGAAGCUGCGGAGACAGGCAGCGAUAACGAUGACAGCGAACCCACAGAGACAGAUGGCGGCGGUGACCUCAACACGGCGAAGCCUACGAGCAAAGGCGGAAAGGAUGCCAAGGAAACGGGCACGCCCACAAGCGAGAGCACGACGAAGAGCAUCCCCGCUGAUGCGGCCGUGGGUGGCGUCAACAUGAUGACGCCUGAUACAACGGCUGUGGCCACCAUCCUGUACAAGAUUGGCGACUAUGUCACGCUAGGAUGGAACUACACGGGCAUCCAAGAGGAGCCCACCGCCGUCGACGUCCUCCUCUCCUGCUCGGCGGCGAGGGAGACGUGGACUUUGACAUCGAACAUGACCUGGGAGUCUGAUGUGGCCUACAUCUGGGACACCAACGACCAAGCCGACGAUGUCGAGAACCCGCUGGGCACCAACAUGUACACGCUCAUCGUCAAGGAUGUGGAUGCUGAGAUUACCGAGUUCCCCUCCGCUGGGAAGCUCGGCGCCGAUGCGUCAUUCAAGUUCGGCAUGUACCACAAGCAGGCCUACGUGCCGUGGGACGAGUGGGAGUGCAAUGGCUGCGACAAGAAGGCGGCCGCUUCUGGGAUGGGGCAGUCGCUGAAGCUGGCUCUCACCAUGUGCACCUUGACCGCGGUCACACUAACGGGCUUCGCCAGUGGAUGGGGUCUGUGA